CACAGGCACUAACUCACCCUUUAUCUUCAUUAUAGGAGCUUUUUGGAUUCUUCCCCCUCCUCUCUCUUUACAUUUAUUUUUUUUCCGUCUGACCGCAUCCCAUUUUCACAUUUUAGGCAGAAAUGGCUGACACAAAAGUCGACACCAGCUCGGAAAUCUCCGCCAAGGACCUUAAAGAAAAGAAAUUGGUUGAAGAGGAAGCAGAAAAUGGAAAGGAUGCUCCAGCCAAUGGAAAUGCAGAUAAUGAGGAAAAUGGAGAUCCGGAAAAUGAAGUAGAAGAGGAAGAGGAUGAUGUUGGCGAGGAAGAGGACGAGGAGGAUGAUGGAGAGGGUGAUGAUGAUGAUGAAGAUGAUGAGGCCGAGGGCGGUACAGGGAAAAGGGCAGCUGAAGAUGAUGACGAUGAAGAUGACGUUGAAACUAAGAAGCAGAAGACGGAUGAUUAAGAGGGAAUCCUGCUGAACAUCCUUUCAACCCUCCUUUCCUUAACUCGUCCACUGGGGGAAGACAAAAAUGUGGUCAUCAUCAAGUAGAGUUCAGCAUCUGUGUACACACACCUAACUGCAAAUUUUGUAGAAACAACCAAGACUUCAAAGCUCUACCUUCUUACAAAAUACUUUAAAAGGAGAAUUUGUUUGUAUUUUUAUUUACAUUUUAUAUUUUUGUACAUAUUGUUAGGAGGUCAGCCAUUUUUGACAGUGAUCUCUGGUUACCAAACGGUGCUUUGAAGUUGAAGCCUCUCUACGAAAUAGAUUUUACUUGUGGUUUGACCAUGUCAUGUUAUCUCAACUGAAAUUGUAAAGAAUCAAAAGCAGUUUAAUUCAAAGCAUUCCAGUACUUUGUGUAUGUACAUCAGUUGUACCAUACGUAGUUGGUUUGUAUGAGAUGGCAAGGCCGAAGAAAAGAAUUUUCUUUUCUUACUUGUCUAUUAAAUUGCUAUCUAUUGUGGCCUGUUUGAUGUAUGUGUGAAAUUGUUGUGCAACAAUAAACCGAAAUUUUAUUUUGUGAGUUCCUAAAUUUUUUUUUUUUUUUUUUUUUUUUUUUUUUUUUUUACUCUUUUGCUUUCACUUUUUAAAUGAGCUUUUAUUGUCGGAGGUGUAGAGACUAUAAUCAUGAACAAGCAUCAUUUUCAGAUAUGCAGUUCACAUAUUUCCGAAAUAUGUCAGAGGGAAAAAUGUACAUCAAUGUAAAUUAUUCAUGCCUUAAGACCUCAAGAUCCGGUAUAAAUUAUAUUGCAUUAAAUAAAUCUGACUGUGUGAA